AUAAAUUUAGUGUCUUGAAUGUAUCGGUGCAAUCUGUUUUGCAAAAGGACAAAGUUUGUGUGAUUUCAACGAUGAGCAAGGUGCUUCAAUGCUCAUUACGUAUGAUGAUGAGUGACGUUGUGUUGGUUGGUCAUCUUUCUCAUUGCCUUCACUUGCAUCGACUGUGAAAUAUAUAUAGAGGUCAACUAUUCAUAUUAGAAAAUGAAGACAUUAUGAAUGAUGUAUUAUCAAGGUUCAAUUUUUAUUUUCUAUCCUCUUAAAUUUGUCAUGGAUGGACUUGUCAUUGAUUUUCAAAUUAAUGCACCCUCAAGAAUGCUAUUGACAGCUCACAUUCACAUAUUAGGCGACAAGGAUUUUAAAGCGAGAAAUUAGAAUUAUGUAAAUUAACAUUAUGUAAGGGAUUUAUAAUUAUAUAUAAAAAUUUUGAGUAUACAUUAAUUAGUGAAUACAUAAUUUUUAAUUUUGGCCUUCUAAAUCAUGGGUAGAACCACCAUGAAACUAAUAUGAAAGAGAAAAGGACGACCAAGGAUAAUAUGCCAAGAAGUGCAGAUGAACUUAUGAAUGCUUCAAUUUAACCACGGGCGGUCAACCGUGUUAAGUGUUAAUGAACAAUUCAUAAUGCUUAGCUCAAGUAACUUGGAUAAGGCAAAACAUGAUGGUGGCGAAUUGGUGAUGAUAAUCUAGAUUGUUAUGUGAAAUUCUUUCAUUAUUUACUUGUACAUUUAAAAUAUAUUUUGCUAAAGUAUCUUGUGAGAUUUAUAUGUUAUUUUUGGGUCUAUGUUAGGAAUUCUUCCUUUUACUGAAUCCAUGGCCCCUACUUUAUAAAAUUUGCGACUUGAUGUCCAAUGCAUUUUUUUGGUGUGCAGUAAUGAGUUUAUGUCCCAAAGAACAGUUAGGUGCACUUUAUUAAUUUUCAUUUGCAAAUUUGUGGUCGGCAUACUGCAAGAUUCAUUAAACACGUUGAAUUUGCCAAAACUGCAAAGAGUGACGAUUGUGCCAAUACGUGGUUCUAUUUUUUAUUAUACUGCAAUAACCUGCCCAAUGGAUUUAGAAGGAAAAUUCACUCUUGAAUUUGGAGACUGUCUUCAUGUUCUGAAGUAAUACUGUUUUAAAGCUUGUAAUCAACCAAUUCUUCUUAUGUUCGUUCAGGAUAUGGAAUCUUCAGUGCGUUUGAUUAAUUAAUUUCUUAUGGUUUAUUUGUUCUUUCAGUGCCAAGUGUUUGUUCCAUGCUUAAGCAGCAUCUUGGACUGUAUUGCAUAAUCAUGUUGAGUAAUUUGUAGAGAGUUUGAUAUCCCUGGACCCAGUUUCCUUGAUGGAGCUUAAAGCUGCUAGUGUUGAUUGUGAAGAUGGGAAUUUCAGUAGGUCGCUCAAUGAUCUGUGGCCGCUUGAUGAAAUGAAUCCAAAGAAGGGAAGGUUUCCUUGCUGCAUAGUUUGGACUCCCCUUCCAAUUAUCUCAUGGCUGGCUCCUUACAUCGGCCAUGUUGGAAUUUGCCUUGAGGACGGGGCAGUUUUGGAUUUUGCUGGUUCAAAUUUUGUAAACAUUGAUAAUUUUGCAUAUGGUGCAGUUGCCAAAUAUGUUCAACUCGACAGGAAACAGAAGACAAAACAUCUGGAACUAAUAAUCCAAAUAUUUCGUAUGUAUCCAAGUGAUAUGUAAUAAUCUGCACUCAGCAUGGUAUGCUUGAACUUCUGAACUUUUUGUAAAUAUGUGCUGCUAAUAUGGAUUUUUUUUUUUAUAAUAAUGAAUUUACCUACAUACCACUGAAUUUUUAUGUAUUUACAUAUAUUGCACAUAUUUUUUUACAUUUAAUUUAUUCAAAUAACUUCCUAAUAUUUAAAUUACAUUAAUGUUAUUGCUCGAAAGAUUACCCUAUCAUGUAUGAUUUUUCUCUUCUUAUGUUAGUUUUUG